AUGAAGCUCGUCGCAGUCCUCGCCACCGUCCUCAGCGUCGUCUCCGCUGUCGCUAUCCCAGCUGAGCUCCAAGAACGCCAAUGUCUUAACAACGGAACCAUUUUGUGCGGAGACACAAACACUACUUGUCAGCCCCCGGGAACAGCUUGCAUUAUGCGUAAAGGCAACAAUUAG